GAGGAGAGAAUGGAUGAUGCUGUCAACAGUUGGAUUUCCACACACCUAACCAAGACUUCAUAAUCAAAUAACUGGCCAUCAGUCGAGAGUGGAUACCAUGAGCGAGCUAUCAAUCAUGUGAAGCCAACACCCGGAUGUUGCAACAUGUUCGCGCAACUCUCAGGGAUAACUACAGAAAGCACUUUAUAUGUGGAUGAAUAAAAUUUAAUGGACGUCGAUGUGUAUGUCCUCUGACACAGUUGCGGAUACUUCUUUAGACGCACAUUUUCGAUGUGGAAGAGGGAAUGCAAGACGCAGAAGACCAGUCAGAAGGGGCAAAUUAUGCCAGCAGCACCGGGGCCCCUCCCACUGGUGACGACCCACCCCUUUGGCACACCAGCCCCUCCCUCACCCCCGAACCUCCGCCCCUGGUCCCUUCUGGAAGCCUGUCCUGGGAGGCUGCGAUCGAUGCGGCCCGCAGUGCCCAGGGAGGCGCCCCACCGACCAUGAGAAGCCACUCCACGGCGGGGUCGGCACCCGUGGGGUCCCUGUCCCAGCGCAAGCGGCAGCAGUACGCCAAGAGCAAGAGCAAAGGCAGCACCACCAACAACCGCCCCCCGCGGGCCCUCUUCUGCCUCACUCUUAACAACCCAAUACGCAGGGCCUGCAUUAGCCUGGUGGAGUGGAAACCUUUUGAUAUCUUUAUAUUACUCUCUAUUUUUGCCAACUGUGUGGCCUUAGCUGUUUACGUUCCCUUUCCCGAAGACGACUCCAACUCAACCAAUCAUGACCUGGAAACGGUAGAAUAUGCCUUCCUCAUCAUUUUCACAAUAGAGACCUUUUUGAAGAUCAUAGCUUAUGGACUUGUAAUGCACCAGAACUCAUACGUCAGAAACGGCUGGAACAUGCUGGACUUUGUAAUAGUUAUAGUGGGGUUGUUUAGUGUGGUACUGGAGCUGAUCACACAUGAGGGCGAUGCGGCGGGUCCCACUGGGGGAAAGCCGGGGGGCUUUGACGUGAAGGCACUACGAGCGUUCCGGGUUCUCCGUCCCCUCCGGCUCGUGUCGGGAGUGCCUAGCCUGCAGGUGGUCUUGAACUCAAUCAUCAAGGCCAUGGUCCCCCUCCUGCACAUUGCCCUGCUGGUGCUCUUUGUCAUUAUCAUCUACGCCAUCAUCGGCCUGGAGCUCUUCAUCGGCAAGAUGCACGCCACCUGCUACCUGGUCAACACAGGUGCGCUGGCCGAGGAUGAGCCGGCUCCGUGUGCCCCGUCAGGUCACGGGCGCAAUUGCCCGGUCAACACCACCAUGUGCAAAGAAGGCUGGCACGGCCCCAACAACGGCAUCACCAACUUUGACAACUUCCUGUUCGCCAUGCUCACCGUGUUCCAGUGCAUCACUAUGGAGGGCUGGACAGAUGUGCUCUACUGGAUGAACGAUGCCAUGGGCUUUGAGCUCCCGUGGAUCUACUUUGUCAGUCUGGUCAUUUUCGGCUCAUUUUUCGUCCUCAAUCUGGUUCUGGGAGUACUGAGUGGAGAGUUCUCUAAGGAGCGAGAGAAGGCCAAGGCGCGCGGAGACUUCCAGAAGCUGCGGGAGAAGCAGCAGCUGGAGGAGGACCUGAAGGGCUACCUGGACUGGAUCGCUCAGGCCGAGGACAUCGACCCCGAGAACGAGGAGGAUGGACAGCAGGAAGGCAAACGCAACAGGGUGACUCUGGCUGACCUAACUCAGAAGAAGAAAGGGAAGUUUGGCUGGUUCAGCCAGUCAACUGAAACACAUGCGAGCAUGCCCAUUAGUGAGACGGAGUCGGUGAAUACGGAGAACCCGAACGGAGAGGAUGACAAGGCCAAGUGCUGUGGACCACUUUGUCAAAAAAUUACAAAAUCAAAAUUCAGUCGCCAGUGGCGGCGCUGGAACCGGUUCUGUCGCAGAAAGUGUCGGGCAGCGGUGAAGUCCACCACUUUCUAUUGGCUGGUGAUCCUCUUGGUGUUCCUUAACACACUGACCAUCUCCUCCGAACACUACAACCAGCCGGACUGGCUCACGGACAUACAGAAUGUGGCCAACAAGGUGCUGCUGGCCAUGUUCACGUGUGAGAUGCUGAUCAAGAUGUACAGCCUGGGCCUGCAGGCCUACUUUGUGUCCCUGUUCAACCGCUUCGACUGCUUUGUGGUGUGCGGUGGCAUCGUGGAGACCAUCCUGGUGGAGCUGAGGUUCAUGUCGCCGCUCGGCAUCUCCGUGCUGCGCUGUGUGCGCCUGCUGCGCAUCUUCAAGGUCACGCGACACUGGGCGUCCCUGAGCAACCUGGUGGCGUCUCUGCUCAACUCCAUGAAGUCCAUCGCCUCCUUGCUGCUGCUCCUCUUCCUCUUCAUCAUCAUCUUCUCCCUGCUGGGCAUGCAGCUCUUCGGCGGCAAGUUCAACUUUGACGAGACUGUGACCAAGAGGAGCACAUUCGACAACUUCCCUCAGGCGCUGCUCACUGUCUUUCAGAUACUGACUGGUGAGGACUGGAACCAGGUGAUGUAUGAUGGGAUCAUGGCCUAUGGUGGGCCUUCCUCCUCGGGGAUGGUGGUCUGCAUCUACUUCAUCAUCCUCUUCAUCUGCGGAAACUACAUCCUCCUGAAUGUCUUCUUGGCCAUCGCCGUCGACAACCUUGCAGAUGCAGAGAGCUUGAACACGGCUCAAAAGGAGAAGGAAGAGGAGAAAGAGAGAAGGAAGAGCAUCAGGAGUGACAGCACAUGCAGAAAGGAAGAGGAAAAGGCUGGAGGAAGAGAUGGAGAGGCCCAGGUUGCAGUGGAGGAGAAUGUAGAAGAGGAGAAGAAUGUCACCUCAGACUCUGGUGAGGAGGAGGAUGAGGAUGAGCCUGAGCCUGAGGUUCCUGUGGGACCACGUCCACAGCGACUGGCGGAGCUUAACCUCAAGGAAAAGAUCCUGCCCAUCCCAGAGGGUAGCGCCUUCUUCAUCCUCAGCAACACCAACCCCAUCCGAGUGGCCUGUCACCGGCUGAUCAACCAUCAUAUCUUCACCAACCUCAUCCUCGUCUUCAUCAUGCUCAGCUCCGUCUCCCUGGCUGCAGAGGACCCCAUCCGCAACUUCUCCGCCCGCAACAUCGUCCUAGGCUAUGCAGAUUAUGUCUUCACUAGUAUGUUUACCUUUGAGAUCCUGUUGAAGAUGACCGCGUUCGGGGCUUUUCUCCACAAAGGAGCCUUCUGCAGGAACUACUUCAACUUGCUGGACCUGCUGGUGGUCGGUGUGUCGUUGGUGUCCUUUGGCAUUGAGUCGUCGGCCAUCUCGGUGGUGAAGAUCCUGCGUGUCCUGCGUGUGCUGCGGCCCCUCAGAGCCAUCAACAGAGCCAAGGGCCUCAAGCACGUGGUGCAGUGUGUGUUUGUGGCCAUUCGCACCAUCGGUAACAUCAUGAUUGUCACCACACUCCUCCAGUUCAUGUUUGCCUGCAUCGGUGUGCAGCUCUUUAAGGGAAAGUUCUACCGCUGCACAGAUGAAGCUAAAUCAAGUCCAGAGGAAUGCCAGGGCUCCUACAUUCUGUAUAACAUUGGUGAAACAGCACUACCUGUAAUCAAACAUCGAGUUUGGUACAACAGUGAUUUUAACUUUGAUAACGUGCUUAUGGCCAUGAUGGCCCUCUUCACCGUCUCAACAUUUGAAGGCUGGCCUGCGCUCCUGUACAAGGCCAUUGACUCCAACAAAGAGAACAUGGGCCCAAUUUAUAACUACCGCGUGGAGAUCUCCAUCUUCUUCAUCAUCUACAUCAUCAUCAUCGCCUUCUUCAUGAUGAACAUCUUUGUGGGUUUCGUCAUUGUCACCUUCCAGGAGCAGGGAGAGAAAGAGUACAAGAACUGUGAGCUGGACAAGAACCAGCGCCAGUGUGUAGAGUAUGCUCUGAAGGCACGGCCAGUAAGGAGAUACAUCCCUAAGAACCGCUACCAGUACAAGUUCUGGUACAUGGUCAACUCAGCGGGCUUCGAAUACGUCAUGUUCGUCCUCAUCAUCCUCAACACCCUCUGCCUGGCCAUACAGCACCAAGGGCAGUCUCAUCUCUUCAACUACGCGAUGGACAUCCUCAAUAUGGUGUUCACUGCGGUCUUCACUGUGGAGAUGAUCCUCAAGCUGAUUGCCUUCAAACCAAGGGGUUAUUUUGGGGAUGCCUGGAACGGCUUUGAUGCCCUGGUGGUGAUUGGCAGUGUAGUUGACAUCAUUCUCAAUGAGCAUUAUUUCGCCGAUGCAUGGAACACGUUUGAUGCCUUAAUUGUUGUUGGUAGCGUCGUUGACAUUGCGAUCACAGAGAUGAAUAGAGAAGCUCUUCUAGUGGUGGAGGUGCCACCCGGGAGCACGCAGGACAGCGCCCGCAUCUCCAUCACCUUCUUCCGACUCUUUCGGGUAAUGAGAUUGGUCAAGCUGCUGAGUCGAGGCGAGGAUCAUAAAUUUGUUUGUUGCUGUCAUUAUGGACAAUUUUGACUACCUUACCCGUGAUUGGUCCAUUCUGGGUCCUCAUCACUUGGAUGAGUUCAAGAGGAUCUGGUCAGAGUAUGACCCUGAGGCCAAAGGAAGAAUAAAACACUUGGAUGUUGUGACUCUUCUGCGGCGGAUUCAGCCCCCUCUUGGGUUUGGCAAGUUGUGUCCUCAUCGAGUAGCUUGUAAGAGGCUUGUGGCCAUGAACAUGCCCCUGAACAGUGAUGGGACAGUCAUGUUUAAUGCUACCCUGUUCGCUCUGGUCAGGACUGCACUGAAGAUUAAGACUGAAGGGAACCUGGACGAAGCCAAUGAGGAGUUGAGGGCAGUUAUAAAGAAGAUCUGGAAAAGGACAAGCAUGAAGCUGUUGGAUCAAGUUGUUCCUCCGGCUGGUGAUGACGAGGUAACGGUGGGGAAGUUCUAUGCCACCUUCCUGAUACAGGACUACUUCAGGAAAUUCAAGAAACGCAAAGAGCAAGGGCUUGUGGGACUCCAUCCGGCCCGACUCAACACUGCCAUCGCACUGCAGGCUGGCCUGCGCACACUGCAUGAUAUUGGGCCCGAGAUUCGGCGUGCCAUAUCAUGUGACCUGCAGGACGAGGAUGCAAACGUGGAAGAAGAGGACGAGAUCUACAGGAGGAAUGGAGGCCUUCUUGGCAACCACCUCAACCAUGUGAAUGGGGACAACCGUGGCGCUGCCGGCCAGACCAACGUCACCCAGCGGCCCCUACAGGUCCCUGCUCUCCCCUGCCACAGCCACACUGACCCCGCGCACUCGCUGUCGGACGACGGCCCGCUCUAUGCCAACAUCAACGCCGGCCUCUGCCACAAGUCCUCCAACGCCAACCUCAACAAUGCCAACGUGCCCACUCUCCCCACGGUGACCAACGGGGGACACCACCCACCCUCCGAGCACUCGGCCGCCAGCCGGAUCUCCUCCCUCAGCUCCUACCUCAACCUCAGGGGUGACGCCGACUCUCUCAGGAGGGUGAACUCCAGAAGAGCACGCUACUAUGAGACCUAUAUUAGGUCGGACUCGGGGGUCAGCCACUACCCCACCAUUCGGAGAGAGGAGGCUUUCGCUGGGGAUGGUAGUGACGAGGAACAGGACUCCGGAGAGUACCACAGCGGGGAGGACUUCCAGGAGGACGACAUCAUGCUGGCAGGCGACAGGAGGAGACUCUACCGGGAGUACCAUGGCAGUGUGAGUGAUUUUGACCCAGAGACGCCCAGGGGCUAUCACCAUACUGAGAGCUUCUUUGACGAUGACGAGCAGCCCAUCUACCAGGAGUGCAGGAGGUCACCCAUACGACGGCUGCUCUCCACCUCCCCCCAGACUCCUCACAGGUCGGCCUUCAACAUUGAGUGUCUGCGGAGGCAGAGCAGUCAGGACGAAGCGCUGCUGUCUCCUGUUUUUCACCACCGCACUGCACUACCUCUCCAGCUGAUGCAGCAUCAGGUGAUGGCAGUGGCCGGACUGGACGGCAGCCGGGUCCGGCUCUCCCCGACCCGCUCCGUCCGCUCCUGGGCCACGCCGCCCACCACGCCGGCCGCCGCCUACACGCCGCUCAUCCAGGUGGACUGGCACGGCGGGCCGCCCAGCGCCAACAGCAGUCCCGGCACGGCGCGCGGCAGCUCCUGGUACACGCCGCAGCUGCCGGGCCGCCUGUCCCGCUCCAGCACGCACUCGCGCAGCUUCACGCACUACCGGCCGGGACGUUCGGCCACCAACUCCUCAUCGCACACCGCUGCCGCCGCCCCUGCCCCUGGCUGCCUGCAGAUCCCGCUGGACUUCCACAGCAAGCACAGCCAGAAGAGAGGCAGUGCUGACAGCCUGGUGGAGGCAGUACUGAUCUCAGAGGGACUGGGGAAGUACGCCAAGGACCCAAAGUUCGUGGCGGCGACCAAGCAGGAGAUCGCCGACGCAUGCGAGAUGACCAUUGACGAGAUGGAAAGCGCCGCCAGCAACCUGCUCAACGGCAGCAUGGUGGACGGCGGUGGCACCUCGGAUGACCUCGACGACGCCACGCUCCCACGCCAGCGUAGCCUGCACUACUACAGCGAUGAGGAGGCUGAGCCCAGUGGCAAGCACGAGGAGGAUCUGACCGACGAGAUGAUAUGCAUCACCACGCUAUAGCAUCCGCUCUGAAGCGGAACGCCACCACCACAAACUCAUGCAUGGGGAAAACUUAAAAAAGUGCCUUUCCAAAGAAGUGGAUGAGUCUGUGAUCGGACUUGCCCAACUGGUCUGAUAAAAGGAGAGAUAUGGCACCCAUUUCUGAAGUAAUGUUCAAGGAGAAUUCAGUAGUGUAGAAUAGAGGAUUGUGGGAUGUCACAGGAAGCAGACAGCUAAAUGCAUGAUAUUUUAAAGAGGUGACUUAAAGGUUCAGUCCGUGAUUUUGGUCUACUUUUUGUCAUUCAGCAAAUUGCUUCUCACAGUCCUCUAACUGUCUGUUCAGUGUUUUGUGCUUACAAAUGUUGUCAGUCCUGGUUCUGUAAAUGGCAAACAAACAGAGUGGCUUGAACCGACCCAUAAACAAUUUCAGCCAAUCAACAUGCUGCUGCAGAUGCACAGAAGGGAAGGGUCUCAUUGGAUUGGCUGUUGAGCACAAAUAUCAACGUUUGGCGAAACUGAAUUGUGGACUGCACCUUUAAGUGAGUUUAAACAAGACAGGUCACCUCUCUUUCUGGGUUUAUUCUUUUAAUUCACAUAUCAACCAAUCAAGUUUCCUGUUACGGUCAUAUCCUCUCGUCCAAUGCCUUACCUCCUUUCCUGUUCACACCAAGAACCCUAAAUAGUGAACCAUAGUUUCUAAAAAAAUCUGCCAUUCUUUUUUCCAAUCCAUGGUGUCAUAAAUGUUUUUACUUAGAUAUCACACCAUCUAAUCCAUAUUAUCAAACUUGAAAGUCAGACUUACUUUUGUAUUUACACCUCUUUCCCAAAUCACACCCCACAAAGCUACACAAACAGCCAGGCAAUGAAAGUUCUUUUGUUUCGUUGUAUUAUUUAUUAUUUUAUUGUAGUCAUACUUUUAAAAGAGAUACUUUAUAUUUUGUAAGUGACCGGCCUAAUGCAGAUAUCUUAGCAAUAUCCUCCCACUUCUUGUGGACUAGAUUGCUAUUAUUUAACUCCCGUAGAUGUUUCAUGAUGUACAAUGUUAUUUUGCCUUUUGUUAUUUUGUCUUUUCGCACUGAUGCAUUGCAUUCAAGUAUAGCUGUUUUAGAAUGAUAUGAGCCAAUGUGAAUUUACAGUGCACAUGAUAUGCAGAAGACCAGUUUCCUGUAACUGAACAGUCCGUUUUUGUUAGAUCAUCCACCAUAUUUCCCACUCUGACAAAUAGAGUGUGUGGGGGGUGGGGAGGUCAUAGUUUGUAGUUGUAGUCAUGGCUACAGUGAAAGAUAGCUCUUCUGCUUAUCCUGUUCAUGACAAGUGCACAAGUAGAAAAUCCUUAUAUGCUUUUUUUAGCAUUUUCAAUGCUGCUUGAUGAGUUGGUCAAAGAAACUAUUUUGUAUGUGUGAUUUUACAGGAGAAAAAAAAUCAAUCUGAUCAGAAUCAGAUUCCAGAGAUCUGAUACCACAGACUUCAUCAGUGCUCCCCCGCUUAGGGGUUUUCUAACUGACAAACCAACAGAUCAUUUUGAUAUGAAGCUUGGUGUAUUGAUUUCAGUGAACUCAAACUGCUUCUCUUUUAUACCCUGUUAGGACCUGUAUUCUAUAUAUGGUGAUGAUUAAAAUGCUCAAUGAUCUUUUGUAACUGUAAAAUGUGAACGCUGUUAGUGGUUUCACCUGUGUUGUACACUGACUGCUCCCAGUCCUCAGGUACAGAGUCCUUCACUCUCGACUCCACUCUGGAGCAGACCAGGAGCCGCCAUCUUAAGGCCAUUACUGCCAUCAGCACUGCUACCAAUGACAUACCCUUCAGCCUCCGACCUCCAAGUACCCUCCAAUAGCUAGCCAGUUUGAAUGGGGACUACGACUGUGUGCUGCUGUUUGCAAACGUGAACACCUCGGUCACAUCUGUCCAAAGCAACUGAACUGUAACUGCCAUUUACUUCCUCUACCAAAUUAUUUUUUGUACCAAGUUCUAUUAAACAUCUAAAAUGUUUUUGAAAAAAAAAAAAAAAAAACAGUGGGUCCAAAGUGAAAGUGAUUCCAAAGCUGACAGUUGGUUUGUGAGAGAGUCAGUUUAGCAUACAUAGUUUGUGGUUUUGGUUUGUUUAAUUUGAUGGAAUUGUUGCUUACUGCCAUAGAUGACCCCCCUCCACACACACACACACACACACACACACACACACUUUACCAAAGCAAAGCCACUUAGCUUCUGAAGCUGUCGGUGGGGCAUUCCAAAUGGGCGUCACUUCCUACAUAACUUCAUAAUGUACAUAAGGUGAUCAAUACUUCAAAACAUUUCACUUUUCUCAUCUUUGUCUUGAAAUUUAUGAAUUUAUUGUUUUUUAAGGAUUCAAGCAUGUAGCGAGUACAAGAAGUGUAACAAAUAGCUUUUAAAAUGAAAUGUAAACAUUGUCAUGUAGUUGUUAAUCAUCAAAAAAUCUGAAAAACAAAUUCUUAUGACAAUUUUCUUCACAUUCACUGAUUUCCUUUAUACUGAUAAGGGGAGAAAGGAAGGGGGACAUAGGCACUAUAGCAGAUAUGACAGAUGAUCAGCUAAUCAGCUAAUUAGCUGAUUAAGUUCCUCAGGAACUCUGGUUGACAUUCAUAUUACACAAGUGAGUAAUACUCUAUCAGUCACAUUUCAGGCAGUGCUCGAAGGUCACUUGUAAGGUCGCAUUUAGUGCAAAUGAGCAUUUGCUUAGACAGAUCGCAUUUCUACACGGCAGGCAGAUGAAGCAAUCAAACUGAAUGUAAGUAUAAUGAAAUAUAAGCAUAUCACAUAAUUCAACAAUUAACUUGUAAACAUUCAGGAAUCACAUCUACCUUGAUAAAGACAUACAUGCUCCAAAAUAACACUGAAAAUCAAACUGGUAAGACUUAUAAAGUGAUGAUAACUGGACGUUUGUGUGCAUAUUGUGUGUGUGUGUA